UGUGUUGAUAAUGGCAUAUUUAUAUUUAUAACCUCCGGGAACGGCAAUUUUUCAAUGGGAAAAUGUCAGAAAUUUGUCCGACGACAUCUCAACAGCUUGCAGCUGCAGCAAUAGCAUUUCACCGAGCGCGAAGAAAAUUUUCGGAAAAUCCCAGUGAACCGGUGUACAAAAAUUCUGAGCGCAUUCAAGCGUGUAACAAGACUGAGAAUUCAACGAGACUGAGAAUCGCCAGUGGAUUUUGCUGCGGGCGAAAUUCUGAGUCGUUUGAGAAUCCAUUUCACCAGGAAAAAAGGACUCGCGAUUCUGUCAGAGAUUUUGUUAAAACUGUAUCAAGAGAUAAAUAUUCGGAUGCUUCAGGACAAAACGAGCCGGACAAAUACAAAGAUGCGGAGGAGAAAUUGGAUGUUUCGAGUGAGACAAACGAGCUUAGGUCGAGUUUGAAAAAAAAUUGCGUCUGCUGCCACCAAAAAUUGGACGAUGGCGAUUCGAUCAAUCACUUUCAGAAGACUGGAUUUCCCACGAUUGGAGUUCAUCCGGAAAAUGACAGCGGGAAUGAUGAUGAAUCGCUGGAUUUUCCCCAGAAACUUUACGAGUGGGAGCGUCGAAGUCGGGAAGAAUCUCUGAUGAAGAUGCAGCGAUUGUACCAGAGGAAUAACCGAAUGAAACACGAGCCGAGAUAUCAAAGUUUGUUUGGUCAUUUUCAUUGCUGCCAGAUGCACCACUGCACCAAAAUAUCCGCCAAACCGAUCAACAGUAUUUUGUGCGCAAACUGGUCCAGCAUGCCUGCCAGAUUGCUCUGUCCAAAAUUUCUUCACGAGCGGAAAUGCGAGAUUGAGAGACAAGCAAAGGAUUAUUGCAACCAAAAAAUGCACCUGAGGUUCAAUAAUCCACACAGUUCAGGGAUGCGUUCACUCCCAGAGGAGAGCUAUACUGACGACGAGGAUUCAGUGAAAAAUUUUCUCCAGAUAAAGCACAGAGACUCGGUGGACAUUCUCGUGGAGAAGUUCAAGUCAAAGAGAAUUCAAGAGGAGCAAAUUGACGAAGUUGGGGAGUUUUGCUGUGGGAUAAGUGAAACGACAUCAUGCAGUGGAAUGCAGGAUCUCGUGUCGAAUGAGACAACAAGAGAGGCCAAGAGUUGUGAGGAUAAUGUCGACACCGAGACCUGUUGUACUCGGAAAAACUCCACUAAGGAGUUACGUUUCAACAAGUUAGCAGAUCGAUUGAAGCACAAGUCCAGGAGAUCGCGUCUCACAAAACCUACUGUACAUUACAAGGAUCAAUCAAGCUCUACCUGACACUCAUUAAUUGCUCGCCUUG